GUCACUUCCUGUGUCGGGGGCGCCAGAGGUCUAUAUAAACGCUGAGGACUGAGCGAGAGAGUCAGGAGCUUCAGGAACGCAGUGGUGUGUUGGUGAAGUGUAGUUCUGCUGGUAAACGUGUGUGAGCUCAUGUUUCUGAUGUUGAAGACUCCAGGAUCUCAACGACUCGCUUUCAUGAUCCUGAUGGUGAUCGCAGCCGUACAGUGUCAGGAGAAUGAGAGACGAGCGGUGACUGAGCAUCAGCUGAUGCAUGAUCGCGGUCGCUCCAUCCAGAGCCUGAAGAGACUGAUCUGGCUGUCCAGUGCGAUCGAGGGUCUUCACACGGCCCAGAUGCGCACCGUGACCCCUGAUGACCCAGACAGCAGGUGGCGCUCUCGGGCUCCGGGGCAGAUCUCCUCUCAGCCCGGCCACAAGAGGGCGCUGGAGACGCUGCUGAGAGACAUGUACACACCUCACCUCACGCCAGAACUGCACGCAGACAAAUAA